CGUACAUAAAGCUCCCGGAUAAAACAAUUUAGCAGCUCCAAAACGAUUAUUUUUAAGGAAUUGUAGGAGUUUCGUCUUCCUGAUAGAAUUGAUAUUUUAGCGUUCGUUACAUGAAAGUGAAAAAGCGUGAAAGAGCAAAUUAAUUUUAAGUUUUUUUAAAUAUAAUAGUGAUAGACAAUUACGUGAUGGCAAACGACUUCAACAUGGAAAUUAAUUCAAAUAAGGUCGAGACAGUGAGCAAAUGUAAAGGUUCUUGCUUAAAGUAUGUAUGGCAGGGUCAAAAACAUAAAGCGGACCAAAAUGAAGAAACCCCACAAAUUCCAAAUGGUAUUCUUAUAAAAGUUGACAAUUUCUGUAAGAACAACAAGAGGUUGAUGAGCAUUUUGAUACCUGCAUUGACUGUUUUAUUCCUGUGGGUCGUGUAUGGUAUAAAGAAGAACAUAUGGGGACUGUUUGUGGAUAACUACUUCAUGUCUGUCACCAUGGUGUUUGGUGCAUUGUUUGCAGGAUUUACAGGCCAGGCAUCUGCUGCUAUUGCCUUUCCAGUUAUGACGCUAGUGUUCAAUAUUCCCCCACCAGUUGCAAGAGAUGUGGCUGUUAUGAUACAAUCUGGAGGGAUGUCAGCCAGCACAUUCACGAUAUUCUACAUGGGGGUCACUGUUGAAUAUUACUCCAUUAUAUGCUGCAGUAUUGGAGGAAUAUUUGGAGUUAUUUUUGGACUUGAGUAUGUUGAUGAACACAUUGCGCCAGAUCAAACAAAGUUUGCAUUCGUGUCGAUAUGGUUUGCCUAUGCUUUUGCACUUUUCAUGCUUAAUUGCAAAGUAAAAAAUCGUAAAACAUUCUCGAGGGUGCCACUUAUGAAUGCAUGGAAGCUGGGGGUGUUUGUUAUCACUGGUUUUAUCGGGGGAAUGUUUACAUCUCUUACUGCUAGUGGAAUGGGUAUUACUCAUUUCAGUGUACUCACGCUUAUGUUUCGUGUGAGUGAGAACACAGCUGCCCCGACAUCAGUUGUCUUACUAGCCGGCAGCUCUAUAUUUACGUUCUUUUGGCGUCUUGUGAUGCAAGGCAACAUCAGUAAAGGCGCCUGGGAAUACUUCCUUGUCUCCAUUGAGAUCGUUGUGCUUUUCGCACCACUAGGAUCCCUACUCGGUAGUUUCUUAAAUCGAUUAGUAUGCGCUUGUGUGAUUUACAUACUUGCAAUUGUGGGAUUUAUUGGCGCAUAUGCAAUCGUACCUUUAACCCCGUCUCUGAUUGGUCUAUCUGUAGGGCUUACAGUUGGGGGAUUCUUAUUUUUUCUGGUUCUUAUGUAUGUUGGGAGUAAACUACUUAAUAAUAUUAACAUAUUGGAGAAAGUUGAAGAACAAAGAAAAAACUCGGCGGGGAUUCUGAAGGAGACCAACGGAAAAUCUCUUCCAAAAAUCGAAGUUACUACAAUGUAAAGAGAACAUUAAAGAAAAUAACCAUUUAUGAGGCUGUAGUGUUCUGGGUGCAUCCCACUUUUCAUCAUUUUUGGGCAAAAUAAAGACUUACAUUUAAAUUUCAUAGUGUGUCCAAUGUAUUGAUAAGA